GACAGGUGCUGAAAUGCAGUCCGCUUUCGUUCUACCUAACCGUAGUGGAUUAUAAAGCUCGUUUGUUUGCUCAGACUUGUUAGUGUGAAUUUUUUACUUUCAGUCGUUCGUCUGAGAGCUGUUGGCUUUGUUUAAAAGCGUUAAACGUCUGAGCUGCGGCGUAACAGGAAGCUAAUGCAGUUAGCUUUAGCGCUUGUUUGAACGGAUUUUGUCUGAAAUAAAAGUUUCUGGAACAUUUAGCAAAGAUGUCUCAAGUUCAAAUGCUGAGAUCGGAAGAGGAAAACGACCGACAGCAGAAACGACGGGACGCUGACGUCCAGUUACACAAAGCAGAUGUCCAGCAGCUGGUGGUGAAAGAAGAAGAGGUUCUCCCUGAGCAGUUGGAGAGAAGCUCCAGUUGGAACCAGGAGGAGCCACUAGAACCAGCACACAUUAAAGAGGAACAGGAGGAACUGUGGAUUAAUCAGGAGAGAGAGCACCUUCAAGGAGCAGAGGAGAGUGAUAUCAUCGCGUUCACAUUUAAUCCUGCCUCUGUAAAGAGUGAAGAGGAAGAUGGAGAGAAACCUCAGUCUUCACAACUUCAUGAAAUCCAAAGUGAAGAGAACAGAGAUCCAGGGUACUUGAAAACAGAAUCUGUUGGAGAGGACUGUGGAGGAUCAGAAGCAGACAGAGACUUUAAUCCAGACUAUCAUUUACAGGCAGUCACUCUUGACAAGACCUCACACCUCUCUGGAUCUGAUACUGAUGACAGCGCUGAUUGGGAGGAGAGUUAUGAACCCCAGGAAGGUUUAACCCAAGUACAAAGCAAAGACAGAGCUGUGAGUGAUGAGAAAUGUGAAACUGGAGAUACAUCAGUUAGCUCCUCUGACUGUGCUUCAAGCUUUGGACAUAAGAAAUGCCAGAAAAAGCACAAAGGAGAUAAACCAUUCAGAUGUUCUGUUUGUGGUAAAAGAUACCCUCUUGAAAAAAAUUUACGACAACACAUGCGACGUCAUUCGGUAGAAAAACCUUUCACCUGCUCAGUUUGUUCGAAAAGUUUUCUCUGGAGAGCAGAGAUGGUGGCACACAUGAGAGUCCACACAGGAGAGAAACCAUUCAGCUGUUCAGUCUGUGGUAAAACAUUCAAGCAAGUUGGAUCACUUAAAAAACACUCUGUGGUCCAUACAGGGGAGAAACCGUUUAGUUGUUCAGUCUGUGGUGAAAGUUUUUCUAAUCGAAUUAAUCUGAUAAAACAUUCUUUUGGCCACACAGGAGAGGAACCUUUCAAAGGAUUCCUGCAGAUCCUUGAAAAGUCUUAAAUUUGACAUUGGACAUUUAAGGCCAUAAAAAGACUUUAAAACUCUGAUUUUUGCAAGUGAGAGAUCUUUAAGUUUAGAAGACAUAUUAACUAAGAUAUGUCUUUGUUCACUCUUCGUUUUCUAGACAACCUUCUACAUUUUAAUCAUUCUUUUUUGUAUGUAAUGUUUGUCUACAUAACAUUCAACAGCAUUUAGAGCACUGCUGCUGGUACAUAACCUGUGUGUGAGCGGUUCCCAGUAAGAAUCUUUCAGUGUUAGAGAGAUAUUACUGAACUAGUUAAAGAAAAGAAGAACGUUGUCAAGUUCUCUGUCCAUAUGUUCAUACUCGCUCCCUCAUGUCAGCAUCUCUUUCCCUCACUAUGUAGAAUAAUGAGUCGAGAUAUCCUGUUUGAAUUGAUAUUUAGCAAUAUCUCAUACUAUUAAUUAGCAAUGAUCUCAUACUGGCUAAUCAGCAUUUUAGCGCAUCAUAUGAAAAUCCUGAUGUUUUACCAGAUGUUUUACCACCAUUAUGGACAAAUUAAUUAGCAAAAAAGCCUAUGCUGGUAAUAGAACAGCAGAAACAAGACAAAUUAUCUUUGAAGCUAUAGUACUAGUCACGGAUGCAGGUAGAGAAAGUGAGUAUAAAAGAGUUAGCAUGCUACAGUCAGUUUUUAAGGUUUUCAAACUGUUAGAGUGUAUCAAUUAAAGGGUGUAUGCAUUUAAAGUCUUUCUGUGCAACAUUAACAAGUCAAUCCCUGUUUGGGGGAAAAUGGUACAUUACACCAUUUCAUUUUUGGCAUCAUGCAUUCUAGCUUUGGAUAGUUUUUAUUUUUUAGGUGUGAAAGCAGGAAACAGACCUCUCAUGAUUUGUGUUUUAUAUGAAACUACUCGAUUUUAAAAUGAAAAUGCUUAAAAAUGACAAAUUCAAGUUAUCUGGAAUGUUAGCGUUAUAAAAGAUUGAUCUUUUUUGAUUGAUAAUCAGUUUUGUAUUUCUUACUGAAUUUCUUUCCACAAAUUGUUGGAUAAAUAUUCUCCAGAAUUCUGUGAAUUCAGUGUUGGGUGCUCCGCCAGACCCUUCUCAUUUUAUAGCACUCACCAUGAUUAAGAUUUUAAGAAUACACCGCUUUCCACAUUAUUAAGCAAAUGACAUUUUUCUCUUAUUUUCCGAAAUCUUAAUGCAAAUGACAGUCAGAGUAUUUUUCAAGUCAUCAGCCAUUAGAGCAUAAUUCAAAUGUUUUUGAACAAACUUCAUGAUAACCAUUACUUUUUUAGAAAUAGAAACCGCAAAAUGCACUUUUCCACAUUAUUAUGCCCAACAGAGUUUUAAAACAUUUUUUUGGUUGAAAAUGGUCAUUUGUUUAAUUUGCAGCAUUAGGAGGUCAUAUUUACUGAAAUCAAAGCUAUUUCAAUCAAAAGAAUCUUAACAGGCCAAGUUCCAUGUUAACAUAGGAGCCCUUCUUUGAUAUCACCUUCACUAUUCUUGCAUCCAUUGAACUUGUGAGUUUGCUUGAAUGCUAGAUGUCACAAUAUCCUCCCAGAGCUGCUGUUUUGAUGUGAACUGUCUCCCACCCUCAUAGAUCUUUAGCUUGAGGAUGCUCCAA